AUGGCCGCCCCUGUAGGAAAUUUUGUCGUGUUGACUUGGCAGGAAGGCAUGGUUUUGGGGACCGGCCCCCCUAUGCUCCCCAAUCCCCCUAACACGUUGGAGUAUACUUAUGUUACCUCCGCCAUCAACAUAGCGCUGGCCAUUCUCGAGACUGAACAGGGCAGGCAAGCGCUUACAAGAAUAGCUCUCAACAUUGACCGUGGACGCAGGCCCGGCGUUGGCGGCCCUAGGUGGCACGGCCCCAAUGCCAACGCGCUCGCUAGGGCUCAGAUUGAUGUGUUUGUGCAGAAGCUUCGAGAUGCGUUCCCCCUCGUGGUUAUCAAUCACAACAUGACCGACAUAGAUAUGCUGGCAUAUACACCAAGAGGAACCUGGUUUGGCGAUUUGGCAGACUUCAACCCCAGAGAGCAGGCAAUACAACUGAAUGGAUCGCGUGUAAAAGACAUGAUAGCAGCUAGCAAUGGAGACCCUCAGCGAUUCCAAACCUUUCACUUUCUCUUUGCCACGACACUCGUUCACGAGGCUGGCGGUCACGUCUUGAUGACGUACCUUGGUGGAGGCGACCUCUCCACUCCUCCAAGUCUCUAUGUGCCUGGGUAUACUAAUCCUAAUAUGGGGGAGUCUGGCCGAUACCUCGAAUUGAAACUUUUCGGAGGUACGACCGAGUAUUAUCACGAUCCCAACCAAGACGACCAUCAGGCUUCACCUUCCCAUUCCGAAGAACUGGGAGUCGUGUCAAUCCAAACACUAUGCGAAGCAUGGGUGGCAACGCUCGCCAGCACCCUCAAAACCUACAGCAUCUAA